AUGAUAUUAGGUAAACUCACGCAGGUAGACCACCUCUUCGAGUUAUCAUCAAGCAUGAAGGAAGCAAAGAGGGAAUACAAGGUAUUUGCUGUGAUACCGAGCCUGUUGAAGAACUGGAUACUGUAUAUAGUGUACGCGACGCUGGACCAUAUUCCUCCCUUUGUGUGGGAAAUAUUACAUGUUAUUACCGAUAUCUACUUCUUUUGGAUCCAGAAGCUGAUUAACUAUGUCAGGCCGCACUCCAGAGUCAUUUACUAUGAGGCCAUCAAGAAGUUGGACGAGUGUGAUACUUACCAGAUGUGGUGCCAGCAAGCGUCAGUAGUGGAUGAAAUUACAGGUGCGAACCUAUGGCGACGGAAUUUUUUCUCCAGAAGAUACGACUUCAAUUCUGUCAUCGAACAAUACACGAUACUGGAAAAUACGUUGAGAGAGGAAAAUUUUGAUAUAGUCAAGGAGAAGUUUUCGACCACGGGACCGUGUAUGUUGAGGAACUUCGCUGGUAUUGGAGAUAAGAAGUUGUUCACGAAAUCUUUGAUGGGUACCAAACAGCUCAUCGAGCAAUACCUGACUCGGAUACUCGAAGGCUUAGACAUGUUGAAUACUCAAACUUUAACACCGACGUCCUUUUUCCAAAGAUGUAAGUUAUCAUUAGGUACUACGGCUUUGAUCUUGCAAGGUGGCUCGCUAUUCGGGUUAUUCCACCUGGGUGUUAUUAAGGGUUUACUGUUGCAGGACCUGAUGCCUAAUAUCAUAAGCGGAAGCUCCAUGGGCGCGUGCGUUGCCAGUUUGUUUGGUUGCUUGUCCAACGAGCAAUUAAAGCAAUUAUUGACAGAUGACAAUCUCUUAAGUAUCAUCAAGAAUGAUGUGGAGCUGUUGAAAAGCUGCGGCUACGGUAACCUGGAGCAACAUUUAAAUCUAGGGACUUUGAUCCAGAACUUGAUACAUCACGGCUACUCUCAGGACGUUUAUCUUUUUAUCCGCUUUGUCAUGAAAUAUAUCGUUAAGGAGAAAACUUUUGAAGAAGUGUACCAAAUCACUGGGAAGGUAUUUAAUAUUGUUAUUCAUCCAACGGACAAAUCAUGCCCUAAUCUCCUAAACUAUGUUACAACACCUAACGUGUUGAUCAAAUCUGCCAUUGAAUGUUCGCUUGGGUCCGGGGUCAUAUCGCAAGAUACAUCGUUAUUAUGUAAGAAUUUGGAAAACGAAAUCGAGCCAUUUCUUAACAUCAAUAAAGAUAAGCAGGUUAAAUUUUUAACCCCAGAAAACGCUACCAACCCAAGUAUAACGGAAAGUCCCUAUACUAGAUUAACAGAGCUAUUCAAUGUUAACAAUUUCAUUGUUUCUUUGGCGAGACCGUAUUUGGCACCACUGGUGGUGAAUGAUUUGAAGCAUGAGAUCAAGACGUCGAAGUACUACUAUUACAAGCAUUAUCCCAACAUUCCCUCUAUAAAUGCCACUUCGGCAAGUAUGACACAUCGGCCCUCAUCGCAAUCGCCCAUAAAGGCAUCCACCGUUGAGGAACUUGAGGCAGAACCCGUAAUGAGCCCAGUACCGCCCAGUUCAGCAAUUAAUGACUCCGCGGAAUAUAUAAUCCCAGAACUGGGUAUACCACAGUUGAACUUUACUGAAAUGGAACCAUUGGCAUUCAAGUUUAAAUACCAUUUGGAGAGAAAACUGAAAAAUAUUGCCACCAUGGAAUUUAGACAUAGAAUGGAGGUAUUAGACAAUCUAGGGCUGUUGUGCUCAAUGAUAAAGAGACUAAUUAUUGAUGAGAAAACACCUAGAUCGGCCACUGAGAUUGCUGUGGUUCCUAGAAUGAAAAGUUUAUCAUUAACAAGAAUUAUUGAAGGCCAACUGAACAAUAUUCCAUACUGGAUAAAAUCCGGUGAACGAAGCACAUGGCCCGCAUUAGCAUUGAUCAAGACAAGGUGUGCAGUUGAGUUCAAGCUGGAUGAUAUAAUAAGGGUAAGAAGGAGUAGAUGA